GUGACUGUGCAUCCUUUUGUAGAAGUUACAUUUCAGAAAACAGUUUAUCAGACUAGCACUGCAGAUGGCUCUCAUCCAUGCUGGAAUGAAGAACUUCAAGUUGAUUUUAACUCUCCAGCACAUGAUUACACCUUUUUAGGUCUAUCUAAAAUAAAAGACAACAUAAAUAUUAGCAUUUUUGAUGAAUUUGUGAUUGAAAAGCAUGAGGAUGCCUGUCCAAAUAGUUGCAGUGGUCAUUCUUACAUAAGAAAAAACUGGCUUGGAUCAAUUGUAUUUCCUUUCUCUGCUCUACUUGAACAAUCUAAGAUCUGUGGAACAUUUCAAAUAGAUAUGCCAUCUGUUGUACUUGGAUAUACUUGGAGUAAGACAUAUGUACCCCCUAAAGAAGAAUGUUUGGGGCAGAACCUGAAAGAAUAUAGCUUUUUAACCAUCUUUGCUACUAUUGAACCUCAGUUAUCUUCUGCUGAAAAUAAUUUAGAACUAGAUACGUUUGCAGAUCAUGAAGCAGAAACACUAUUGCAAAGAGCAUAUAUUUUUAAGCAAACAUGGAAAGCAGUGUUUCCAAAGAGAAGGAUAAUGACUUCAGUUUUUAACAAUCAGGGAAGGAAUAUUUUAGUAACUAAGUACAUUAGCCCUUUGAAUCCACCACAACUGUUUCUAGAUAUGUAUCCAAAAGAUCCCAAUUCAACUUCUGACCUUAUAUCACGAUUUGUAUCUUUAAUUCCUUGUAUAGCAGAUACAGUGGAUGAAAAUAAUGAUGUUGAUGUGUGGAUGACAUCAGAG